GGGUAUAUACCCGUACCUUCGAUGGGGUGUGUAAGCGAGUUGGUUAAAAAUGGAAGUCUCUGCCCUUUAAAAUGUUGACCGCCCUGCGUCGGAAAAUUCGGUUCGGAAUGCAGCGCACGGUUCUAAUUGCGGUCCUGCUGGCAGUGGGCAUUUUCAGCUACGCCUUCCUCAACCUCAAGUUCUGCUUCAAGUUGAUGUCCCAUCGGAGCCUCAACUUAAUGUGCCAGAAAUUUGAAAAGCAUGAGUACAGCGGCUCUCUGUGUGAGGAACUUUGUGGUGCCCAAUCUUCCUUUGACAACUUUCAGUGUCCGCUGAAUGAUAUGAAAACUAUCCUCUUUACGGCCGAAAAGAACGGCGAUUUGUAUGCGGUGAAGCUGGCCAGGCACAACGACGACGAGCUGAGCUGGACGAACAACAAGGGGGAGUCGAUAUACCCCAAGCUCGAGGAGUUCCACGAGAUCGUGAAGCUUCACAUCAUCCUGGCGUACAAUGUCACCCUGGAUGAUAAUAUGAUACGCGCUUUAGUCAACCAGGAAAUAGCCGAUAAUAACUCGCAGCAGAUGGUCAGUUUCUGGAGGCUGUUCAAGGACAACAACUACAUGAUGGGCAAGCUCUUCGACGAGGAGUCCAUAUUUCCGGCAGUUCUGGGUUCCUGUGGACCCUACUACGCCACUGAGGGACUGCAGAUUGUGCAGUCCAACCCCAGCAUAAUGCAGUAUCUGGCCUCCAAUCGCGUGCAGCGGCUGAAGCACGCCCUCAAUAUUAUGGAGUACAUUUUCCGCCUGGACGAAAUGAAGCCGGAGCCCCUGAAGAUGUGCAAGAUGCAGGUGAAUCGCUUCGGCACCGCCUCUGAGCGCAGGCUGAAGUACCAAAGUGCCGAGCACGUCUACGUGGAGAGCCAAUUGGACAAGCGUUUGUCCAGGGGCGUCAAGUGCCACGCCCACCAGGACUGCCACUUCCACUCCUGCCGGGGAUUGUGCGACGAGGAGAAGCAGACCUGCACGCACAUCCAGCAGAACAACAACUUUCAGAUCUUCUGCGAGCACAUCCUCCUGGGCGGCGGAACCUUUCAGCCCGGCCUCCUCAGCGGCGUGCGGCUCUCCAAGGCGCUGCUGAAGCUGGUCAAGAUGUGCGUGCAGCCGCCCAAGGAGCAUCAAGUGCCGGGGCGCCAGUGGGCGCCCAACACGCAGCUCGCCCUGAGGCUCUACAACGAGCUGAAGCAACUGCACCAGGCUGCAUCCGCGGCAUCCGCAGGAUCCGAGAUUCCCGACGAAGGACAGGCACGUCGGGGAGUCUAAGCCACUUGGGAAUUGGUUAGGUCAUCUAAGAGACCCGGAGGCGGCGAAAGGUAGAUCAAUUGGCGUACAGCUGGCUCAAAACUGAUAGCAUUUUUAUAAGUAGACUUAAUUAAUUACAAUUAAAUAAAACAAAAA